UCAACAGCAGGAGACACAAACACAGACAUCAGAGCGACUUUACCAGCAGCAACGGUCAUGAGUUCAGCUCUGUAUCUGGUCCUGCUUUUCUCAGCUCUGUGGAUGCGCUCCUUCUGUUGGACUCGUCAAUUUUAUGUGGUGAAUCAAGAUAAGACCUGGACCGACGCUCAGAAACACUGCAGAGAGAAAUUCACUGACCUGGCCACCAUUGAGAGCCAAGAGGAGAUGAACGCUCUGGUAGCUGUUCUCAAUGGGAAAACGGGCCAUUUCUGGAUUGGACUGAGACAGAAAGAAAAUGCGAACAACACUUGUUUCCAAGGAGCUGCUGCGGGGCUGCCGUCAGGGGGGGUCAACCGGUGCUGGACGUGGUCAGAUGGGAGUAACUUCUCAUACAGCAACUGGAACACUGGGGAACCAAACAACGCUGGCACUGAUAACUGUGGAGAGUCAUGGAGUGAAGAUGGAGGCAAGUGGAAUGAUGCAGACUGCAGUACCUUAAAACCAUCUGUCUGCUAUGAAGACCCUCCUGCAGAGCUUCCACUCAUCCUGAUUAAUCAGACCAAGACAUGGAGAGAAGCUCUGAGAUACUGCAGAGUGAAUCAUGUGGAUCUGGUUUCUGUUCACACUGAGGAAAUCCAGCACUGGGUGGAAACAGCUGUUUAUUAUGCCUCCACUGCUAAUGUGUGGAUGGGUCUGCGUCACACCUGUGCUCAGAGCUUCUGGUUCUGGGUGAGUGGAUCGACUAUCUGCUACCAGAACUGGGCUCCGGGGAACGGGACAGGGGUGGAAGACUGCAGUGGAGGAGAAAGAACAGGAGCGGUGCAGUCUGGGAGUAAGCAGUGGGUCAGUCUGCCAGAGGAUCAGAGACUCAACUUCAUCUGCACUCUUAAGGAGAUCUAGAAGAGGAUGCAGGCUGUUCAGCUGGAUCUCCACAGUUCAGGAUCAUCAUGAUAUUUGGCAGUUAUUUCUUCAUCAUCAUGAUGCUGAUGCCUUCUUUAUCUUUCAAAACACAACAAUUCAGGUUAAGAACACCGAUAUUCAUAUUUUACUGAGGCAGCUCCUUUUUGUGCCAUUGAAGGAAGAGAAAGUGUCAGACUCAUAACAACUUAUUUUCAUCUAAUAUUGUAGCUUUGUAAAUGAUAAAUGUUCUGACUUUAACAAUGUUUAUACACUGUACUUGAGUUAUUACACUGUAUCGUUGAAGUGCCUUUUCUUUUAUCUGUAUGUCUUCUUCUAAACUUUUCCUCUGUGUGUAAUUCAAACAUUUUCAUUCUUAUAAAUUUCUGUAAGACUUUUCAAAGAACACAAACCUUUAAGCCCCUGUUUUACUUAGCGUAGGCUAAAAUAAUGCAUUAUAGGUUUAGUGUAAUGUGCUGUUAGUUUUAUUUCUAUUUUUGAAUUGUAUAAUGUGGGUUAUUGUUCUUUUUGUCUUUGCUCACUUACAUAAAUAAACUGGUGUAGAUUAUUGGCCUGUAUUGAGAGAAUUCCACCUGAGGACAUUAGUAUGAAAGCCCAUUCUCAGCAUGUUGUUUUGAUUUUAAAUAAACUGCUUAAGUAAACUGCCA